AUGCAUAUCGCGCAUGCGUAGGUCACGUGACCCCCGUCUGUCAACACGAGUGUUCGUAGGUGUAGGGAAGCUGUAAGAUGCAAGCGAGUCAUGACCUGCGUGUUUUCAUCUCGGUUGCCUUUUUAGAACGCAGAGGACAAGCGCUCUUGUCAGCAUUUAAACCACGGAGUGCACGCCCAAAUGCCAUCGACGUCUCGGGCAAGAAACUGGGGUUGUUGCGUUAGCUUAGCGUAGAAUGGUUAGCUUGAAGGCUGGGGAGUUAAGCUAGGAGAGCAGCAUCACUUGUUGUGACGGUGUCUCUUUGAACAUAAUUUAGGGACUUGCUUAAUUCUACGUAUGCACAGGGUUCCUGUUGAAUUACAAGCAUGUUUACUGCGUCCAAAUUACCCGGGUUCCGUUCGGUGACUUUGUCUACUUUCUGAGUUCGAGAGAGCAAAUGUCAUCCGCCAAGCCUUUUUGUUUUUUAAGUCGCAAUUGAUGUUACAGAACAACGUUACUUAAAGGUUCCCUGGCCCCAUUGAGUUUAGAGCUACUUCAUACAUGUCUGAAUCGGGAUAAUAAAUAUGAAAGGUCUACAUCUCUCACACAAGACUGUGCAGCUUCCCUUAUCGAUUAGCUGACUAACAUCUGCCGCAGCCGGGGGAGGAGUGAGCAGUCCUCUGCCUGUGAGCAAGGAGAAACCGUCCGAAGGUCCCCCACCUCCCAUCCUUCAAUAUCUUGGGCCUGCUGCAUAUAUUUCAAAUAAUGGGUGCUAGUGGGCUGCACACGCUGUCCAAACAGGGCGACGUGGCAGUAGCAGGACUGUCAGUAGGGUCGAUCAGCAACACGUCCUUGGGGCUGACCCCUGCUCCUGACAACAGGGGUUGCGAGAAUGGCGCCCUGAUGGACUCGUUUGGGAUCUUCCUCCAAGGUGUCCUUGCUAUGAUGGCUUUCAGCAUUCUCAUGUUGAAACGGUUCCGGGAGCCCAAACACGAGAGGAGACCAUGGAGGAUCUGGUUCUUGGAUACUUCCAAACAGGCUAUUGGAAUGCUCUUCAUCCACUUUGCCAAUGUUUACCUUUCAGACCUCACUGAGGAGGAUCCCUGCUCGUUAUACCUCAUUAACUUCCUAUUGGAUGCUUCUCUGGGCAUGUUGUUCAUCUAUGCUGGCAUACGAGCCGUUAGUGCAGUUGUCGAGUGGAGGCAAUGGGAGUCUCUCCGUUUUGGAGAGUACGGAGAGCCUAUACAGUGCACAGCAUGGUUGGGUCAAUGUAUUCUCUACAUCCUCAUCAUGAUGUUUGAGAAAGUCCUUAUCAUGCUGGUCCUCCUCAUCCCCCAAUGGAAGAAGCUGGCGCUCCUCAACCCCAUAGACAAUCCUGACUUGGAACUGGCCCUUGUCAUGCUCAUCGUUCCAUUCUUUGUUAACGCCCUUAUGUUUUGGGUGGUUGACAAUUUCCUUAUGAAGAAGCACAGGACCAAAGCAAAGCUGGAGGAGCGGGAAGAAGAUUCACGAGGGAACGGCAAGGUGCGCUACAGACGAGCUCUGUCCCACGACGACUCGGAGUCAGAGAUCCUUUUUUCAGCAGACGAUGAAAUGGAUGAGUCGGACGAGGACGAUGUUCGGCGCCUCACGGGUCUGAAGACGAUUAAAAAGAAGAAGCUGCGCAUGGGUAUCCCCGUUUGACUGAGUGCCUUGGUCAAAACUGGGCCAGCAACAAACAUUCCCUCACUUCCUCUGCAGACAACUCAAAAAUCCAUUCAAAAAUAGGAACCCCUUUAAUGGCAGUCUUUGAAGUACCCUGAAUGAUUCCUGGAGGUUAAACACACCUGGAUUGUUUUUUUUUUAUUUGUUGGAUAUUGACAUGAAACACGUGUGAGUGUGGUGUGAGUAUACUGGGAAAAUACAGUCCAUAAUGCUGGGCUAAUUCCGAUAUGUGAACUGCUGUGACGUCGUGUCACCGAACUAAUCUAUGACCGUAGAAGAGGAGUCACCAUACACCUUCGUUCUGUCUUGUGUAUUCUUUUUACGGAUUUCAUUUGUUUUCUCCUGUUGAUGUCCCAACCAUUUUAUUUGUGGGCCAAAAGGUUGACUAUGCUUUGCUCCAAAAGUGUUCUUUACCCAUAAUUCUUUUGCACAAUUGAUCACAUUGUUUCUCUUUCCUUCGGUGUUUCUUUGGCACUGCCACGUGCCAGAGUGACAUUACCAGCAAGUCUUUUGUUUGCUAGUUUUGAUGUGAUUUUGUUUAGUUUAACCAGACCUUUGGAUGUUCAAGCAUGAUGGGGAAUUCAGGAGGCUCGGAUAUGUAGAAUGUGAUGAGCAUAGACCUCGAUACUGUUAAGUGACUGUGGACCAAACAGUUGGGGAAAGGGUGUUGUGUGAAAUGUAUUCCUGUGUGAUUGUGUUUGCAGUUAAUGUGAAUGAUGCAGCCCUUUAAAGUAAAUGGAGCAACAUAUUAACUGUGACUGUGAUGAUACAGCACAAUUGUGGACAAUUUCACGGUAGCACGAAAAAGGGACUGUAUUUGAAAGGAGGAAAUCUUUGGCAUGUUUAUCUAGACCUUGACAAGGAGAUGGAUUGUUUGUUUUACAUUUUGCAAAAUUAUUCAGAAAAGAGGGAACGAUAGUGAGAUAUCAUUCGAAUAGAUUCCCCAAUAAAGAAUUGUCCCAAUA